UUAGUCAGUAGUACACAAAUACUAUCUUUAUUUUAAAAGUACUGCGAAGUAUAUUUAGUCUAUUAUACACAGUGAUGUAGAAAAUGUGUAGCACUCCGGGUACUAUUCCUCAUGGAUUCCCCACGGGAUCUAAAUCUGCAUAUGCUAAAGACGAUGAAGUGGGAUUUGUGUGUCAUGAUAGUUAUAAACAAACGGGGACUCCAACAAUAACAUGUAAUGGCACACAUUGGAUUGGUUCACCUAAAUGUUCUUUGGAUUUUAUUGAUGAUGUUUGGUUCUGGUUGCUGAUUGGUUUAGGACUUUUGCUUACCAUCGCUAUUAUAACAGCAUUAUGUUUGUAUUGCACAAAACGACACAGGUAUCGUCGCCGCAAUCGAGUUCGUGCUUUGAAUUCUGAUGACGACGAACAAUUUGGCUGCUGUGGGGGAUGUUGUGAUUAUGGUGGAAGUUGUGAUGUCUGUGGAUGCAUUGAUUUCUAUGGAUGCUGUGCGUUGUAUGGUUGCUGUGGUUACCUUGGGGUGUGUAGUUGGUUUUUCGGUUGUUGUCGAUGUUGUCGAGAACCACUUGAAAGUCACCGGAAAAGAAUGGAUGUUACCGGGAACGUUUUCUAUAUUAAUCAUCAAAACGUAACUCCAAGAAUAUCAACAAGGUGGGAAGAGCUGCCAAAACGAGGUCGAUUAUCUAAGAAAACGGCAAUGAGAUUAAAAAAGAAAAGACAGCGCAUGCUUGAAAACCGAGAUUAUGUGUCAGAACGUGUCGAAAACCCUUUAAACGACGAAACGUAUGGUAAAGUAAGAAGGAGUGCAAAAGACUUAGACAUAUGGUUGCCGCAUUCAAAUCCAGUUCGGAGUAUUAAUACUAGUACUAAAUGAAUAACACACGCUCUUGAGAUGACUUUAAUAUUUUUUGUCUGAUUCUAAGACAUAGAUGAAGAAGGAUAACAAAUUAUCAAAACGGUGAAUGUAUAUAAUAAUAUUUAAAAUUCAACCCAUCUGUUGAUGAAUAUUUAACAGACACAAUAGCUUCAGCUUACUUAAAGUAUUUAAGAGCAAUCUUAAUAUCGCAUACAGAUAGAAUUUAUUUUAUUAUUGAUUUUGUAAACAUUUGCUUUCCCUUUAAAAAAAACCAACUACAAUUUUUAAAGCGUGUUUUGUUUUAGUUUACUUAAUUUUUACUGUGCUUCUUGUUCUACCAAUGCUGGAGAUGACAAGAGAUUGUUUAGUUCAAAUUAU